GGCUACCACAACUAUGAUAAAUAUCACUACAACAAAGAUGCCAUCCACCACAGGCACAACAAAGAUGCCAUCCACCCACAGGCACAACAAAGAUGCCAUCCACCACAGGCACAACAAAGAUGCCAUCCACCACAGGCACAACAAAGUUGCCAUCCACUACAGGCACAACAAAGUUGCCAUCCACCACAGGCACAACAAAGUUGCCAUCCACCACAGGCACAACAAAGUUGCCAUCCACCACAGGCACAACAAAGAUGCCAUCCACCACAAGCACAACAAAGAUGCCAUCCACCACAGGCACAACAAAGAUGCCAUCCACCACAGGCACAAGCACAACACAGCUUCCAACCACGACCACGAGGCAGCCAUCUACUACAACAAUGGAAAAAAUGGCUUCCACAGCAACCACAACAAAGCUGACAUCCACUACUGCUACUUUAAAGAUAUUACCCACCACAAUAAUGACAACAAAGUUGCCAUCCACCAGCACCAGCACCAGCACCACACUUCCAUCUACUACCACCCCCACAAAGCUGCCAUCCACUACAAGUACCACCACAAAGCUGCCACCAACCACAGCAACAACAAAACUGCCACCCACAACUACCACCAUCACCACCACAAACAAGCCAUCCACCACGAGUAGCACAAAACCAUCCUCUACCACAGCUACUGUGAAGCUGCCAUCUACUACUACAAAGCAGACUACUACAGAGCUUACAACCCAAGGAAAUAAAGAUAAAGGAACCACAAAGGAAAACCCAACUAAAAAGAAUACAGUAACACAAGUGAGUACAACUUCCAGCACCCUAUCUUCUACAACAAACAAAAUUACAUCAUAUUCCUCUACUUGGUCCACUAUUGUCAUACCUACAACACAAAGGCAAGUCGCCUCUUACUCCAGUCCAAGAGAUGCUACCAUUUCCACAACUAAAUCUCCAGAGAUGAUGUUCAACAAAACUACAGCAUAUGUUCCACCAGAAAAGAUUGCUGCAUCUCUAUGGUACAAAGAUGUACCAGAAGAGAUGAACUUGUGUAAUAAGAAGCCUGUAGAUGGGAUUGUCCCUCUACAAAACGGAUCACUUGCGGUAUUCAGAGGUCAUUACUACUGGCUGCUAAAUGGAACAAGCUCACCCUCCCCUCAACCUCGUAAAAUCUCUGAGGGAUGGCAUAUCCCUUCCCCCAUUGACACAGUGUUCUCCAGAUGUAACUGUGAUGGCAAAACCUUCUUUUUCAAGGGGCCCCAAUACUGGCGCUUCACCAAUGAUGUAAUGGACACUGGCUAUCCUAAGCUGAUUGUAAAAGGAUUUGGAGGACUGAAUGGGAAAAUUAUGGGAGCUCUUUCGGUGGCUCCGUACAGAAGCAGGCCAGAAUCUGUACAUUUUUUCAAAGAAGGUGGCAAUGUUCAACAAUAUGUCUACAAACAAAAACCAAAGAAGUGUAAGAAGAAAGUUGUAACUGUGAAUUAUCCAGUUUAUAAACCAAAGACUUUGGUUCUGAGGCAGAGGCGCUUUGGACGUGCAAUACAAUCUCGUCAGAUCUUCCGAACCAUCCGGAUAAGGCAGUACCCAGUCAUUCGGAUCACCCAUCAUUCGACAGGAGUACUGCAGCCAGAGGUUAAAAUUACCUCAUAUUGGAGAGGAUUUCCAAAAGAAUUUAAUUCUGCUAUUUCUGUUCCUAACGAGGAGAAUGGGGAUGGAUACGAUUACUAUGCAUUUGCUAAAGAUAACUACUACAGCUUGGAUGUGGGCAGCAGAAUAGCAAGACCAGUUACAGCGCAAACUGGGCAGACUGUGUCCAAUGCUUGGUACAAGUGUCCUGCAGAAUAACUU